AUGUAUGUCAGUUACCUCCUGGAUAAGGAAAGUAGCAUGUAUCCGAAUUCGGUGAGGCACCCCAGCUUGAACCUAAGCCCCCAGAACUUUGCACCCCCUCCUCCCCCUCCUCAGUACUCCGACUUUGCCGGUUAUCACCACCAUGUCUCUGGGAUCAGCACGGACUCGCACCACCCUCAGUCUGCCGGGACCUGGAGCUCCCCUUACGUGCCACCCCGGGACGAAUGGCACAGCUAUGGAGCAGGUGCCCCCGCCGUCACCACCUCGCCGGGGCAGCUGGCGUUCGGCCCCUCCGACUUCACCCCCGUGCAGCCCCAGGGUGGGGCUGGCCUGCUGCCUUCCAUGAGCACCAUGGUCCCCCAGCUCUCCCCCAGCUCCCCGAGGCGGAACCCUUACGACUGGAUGAGGCGCAAUCUCCAGCCCAACCCCCAAGCAGGCAAAACCAGAACGAAAGACAAGUACCGAGUGGUAUACACUGAUCAUCAAAGGCUGGAGUUAGAGAAGGAAUUUCACUACAGCAGAUACAUCACCAUUCGUAGGAAGUCAGAACUGGCAAUUGCAUUAGGAUUGUCUGAACGACAGGUGAAGAUCUGGUUCCAGAAUAGACGAGCAAAAGAGAGAAAAAUAAACAAGAAGAAGAUGCAGCAACAGUCCCAACAAGCUAGCACGACAACGCCCACUCCACCCGGGGUCCCCGGGGCUGCGGCGGCUAUCGGCUUGGUUAGUAGCAGCAGUAACCUCGUCUCACAAUCCAUUCCACUGACUAUCAAAGAGGAAUACUUGUCCUAA